AUGACCAUGAACAAUAAAGGUGCUGGACAUGACCCUGUAGGAGAAGAGAAGCAUGCAGGCGUCCACUACGUCACGCCUUACGAGUUCCUCAAAGGAGAACACGAUCGCCAUACCGGACCUAUAAUUACCCCGACCCAAGUUACUCCUAAAUUGCUGACCUACGUUAUCCCUGUGUACUUGGCCUCAUGUUUGGCAGGAUGUGAUCACCGUGGCGCCGUGCCCCUCUACCACCGUGCCCCCUCUACCACCGUGGUGCUGUGUCCCCUCUACCACCGUGGUGCCGUGUCCCCUCUACCACCGUGGCGCCGUGCCCCCUCUACCACCGUGGCGCCGUGCCCCCUCUACCACCGUGGUGCCGUGCCCCCUCUACCACCGUGGUGCCGUGCCCCCUCUACCACCGUGGUGCCGUGCCCCCUCUACCACCGUGGUGCCGUGCCCCCUCUACCACCGUGGCGCCGUGCCCCCUCUACCACCGUGGCGCCGUGCCCCCUCUACCACCGUGGCGCCGUGCCCCCUCUACCACCGUGGUGCCGUGUCCCCUCUACCACCGUGGCGCCGUGCCCCCUCUACCACCGUGGCGCCGUGCCCCCUCUACCACCGUGGUGCCGUGCCCCCUCUACCACCGUGGCGCCGUGCCCCCUCUACCACCGUGGUGCCGUGUCCCCCUCUACCACCGUGGCGCCGUGCCCCCUCUACCACCGUGGCGCCGUGCCCCCUCUACCACCGUGGCGCCGUGUCCCCUCUACUACCGUGGCGCUGUGCCCCCUCUACUACCGUGGCGCCGUGCCCCCUCUACCACCGUGGUGCCGUGCCCCCUCUACCACCGUGGUGCCGUGCCCCCUCUACCACCGUGGCGCCGUGCCCCCUCUACCACCGUGGCGCCGUGUCCCCUCUACUACCGUGGCGCUGUGCCCCCUCUACUACCGUGGCGCCGUGCCCCCUCUACCACCGUGGUGCCGUGCCCCCUCUACCACCGUGGUGCCGUGCCCCCUCUACCACCGUGGUGUCGUGCCCCCUCUACCACCGUGGCGCCGUGCCCCCUCUACCACCGUGGCGCCGUGCCCCCUCUACCACCGUGGCGCCGUGCCCCUCUAUCAAGCACCUUCACUGCCCACUCACAUAAAUCUGAAUAUUCAUUAA